CCAACUUUGCAUCCACCAUGCCUCACACAUACGGUGACGAGGACCUCGAAGUCGCCUCAAACAAGUAUCACGAGUCAUCCGACGAAGACUUUGACCCCAAUGCCGCCCCAGCCGAAGACGCAUCGAGCUCUGAGGACGAAGAUCAUGUCACCAUAGAACCCACACAGCGCAAAGGCAAGCGAAAAGCGCCUCAGAAUGAGGAGCUGGACUCUGGAGAUGAAGUCACCAUACAAGCUGCGCGACGGAAGCGGUCGAAGAAGAAGGGGGGCAAGGGUAACAAAGACGACGAUGCCGAGCUGAUCAUAUCCGACGAUGAAGGUGGGGAGGGCGGCCUGGUCAAGACGCGGGCACAAAGAAGAACAGAGGGCAAGGAGGCAAGGCCGCUCGCGAGAACCGAGGGCGCGACCGUCGAUGUCGAUGCGCUGUGGGCUCAGAUGAUGGCAGCGCCUCUGAAACCGCUACAAGAGUCUAAGACGCAAAAAUCCGAUACGCCAACGCAGCACACGCCCGUGAUCAACAUCCAAGCAUCUGCAGAGGAAGAGGAACAGCUCAGCAUCAAGAAAACCUUCACCUUUGCCGGCCAGGACACAACCGAAGAGAAGCAAAUACCCCGCUCCCAACUCGACAAGUACCUCAAAGACGGCUGGAAACAAACCGAAGCCACACCCGCCAUAAAAUCGCCUGCCCACUCCUCCGACCAAGCCGACUCCAAAAUUCGCCGCCCCCUCCGCCGCCCUUCCCGCUUCGACCCUAACCCAACCGGCUACGUCCGCGCCCUCGCCCCAGAAUUCCAACUCUCAUGGCCCCGCACAUCCGCUCGACCAGAACCAGAAACCGGCGCAGAAGCAGACGCAGACGCACACCCCUCAUUCCCCAAGAAAGCAGAGAAGACCCAGAAACUCAACGUCGUCGACAAGUCGCGCAUGGACUGGACGGGCUUCGUCGACAAAGAAGGAAUUGCAGAGGAAUUGGAUACCCAUGGUAAGACUAAAGAGGCGUACCUGGGCCGUAUGGAGUUCCUGGCUGGUGUUGAGGCGCGCAAAGAGGAGGAGAGGAGGAAUGCAAAAAUUAAGGCUGUAGCGGCGGCGGCGGCGCAUACGGUGGGUUGAGCAGGGGAAGGAACUCGUGUGCGUGCAGUUUUUGUUUGUUGUUAAUGAUACCCACAUAUUAUUCUAGAGAAAGAAGAAGAAGAAAAUAUGAACAUAUCCACUCAUCGUACAAUAUUGUGGAAUCGGAUCUACGAGGCGUGAUGGCUAGAGGGACUUGUGUAUGUGCUCAAUAGAAGUAGAGAUAUCACGAUAGUGUAGAAGUGGACU